AUGGCCGACUUCACCGAGGAGUUUGCUGAGGAUGUUCCCAGCACUGAGGACCCCAGCGGCGAUGUUGAGAUGGCUGAGGACAAAGAGGAGACUGCUAAUGGACAAGCUGCGCUGCCCUUCCCCGACGACGACAUCGCGGACCCCCCUGCCCCCCGUGUGACCUUUCUCAGCUACCUUGCCAGCCCAGUUGUCACCCUGCUGGUUGGCAAUGGCAAGGAAGAGACGAUCCUCACUGCCCAUCAAGGUCUGCUGACCACAAGCCCCUACUUCCGAGAAGCCUGCGCCCAGUUCAGCGAUGACGGAAGUCCUCGUCAAAUUGAACUCACUAGCGACGAUAUCGAUGCCGUUGGCUGCUUCCUCGAAUUUCUCUACACCGGCGACUACUUCCCCAAGAAGAUCCCCGGCCAGCGCCAAUUGGAGGCCGACGACAGCAUCCCUAAGGUGGAUGAAACUGGAGACCAGCUCCUUAAGCAUGCCCGUGUCUACACGCUCGCCGAGAAGUUCCAGCUUCCCGGGCUGAAGAACCUCGCCAGUUCGAAGAUUCACUGUGUCAACUCCACGGCCAAGGGCGAGAUCGCGUACGCCAGAUACGUAUAUGCCUUCACCCCCAAGGACGACACUGCCAUUCGUGCUCCGGUGGCCAACUUCUGGGCCACGCGGUCGCAUAGCCUGCGUGCCGAAGCCGAGGAGGAGUUCCGCUCUCUGUGCUUGGAGUACCCCCAGUUCGGUUACGACGUUCUCACUCGUGUCCUCGACGAGAAGCUCAAGCGCGAGAAAAACGACAAAAUGCAUCCCGCCGCCGGAAGCGCCCGCAAGCGAGCGCGCCACAGCAGCAACGUUGCUUGA